AUGGACACAAGUCGCGUGCAGCCCAUCAAGCUUGCCUGGGUUACCAAGGUGCUGGGCAGGACCGGCUCGCAGGGACAGUACACGCAGGUGUGUGUGGAAUUUAUGGAUGACACAAGCCGCUCCAUCAUCCGCAAUGUGAAAGGCCCUAUGCGUGAAGGGGAUGUGCUCACCCUUUUGGAAUCAGAGAGAGAGGCUCGGAGAUUGUGCAGAAUAUGUUGUGUCCUGGAUCCACCAUUUGGCCCUCAAGAUGACCUGCAAUGUCAAAUAAAGUGUUUGUAUUGUUAAAA